AUGAUAUGGGAUGAAGUUGGAGAAGAACAGUUCCAAAGGGAAAAGGUUCUACUGGACUUAGAACAAGAGUGUCUGGAGGUUUACAGAAGGAAAGUUGACAGUGCAAACAUUUCAAGAGCUCGACUACAUCAGGAAUUGGCAGAGUCCGAGGCAGAAUUUACCGAUCUCCUUUUGUCACUUGGUGAACGCUUACUUCCUGGACGGCCAGAGAAAAUGGCAGGAACAUUAAAGGAGCAGCUAGAUUCAAUCACCCCAGCUCUGCGGGAGAUGCAAUUAAGAAAAGAAGAGAGGGUGAAACAGUUCCGAGCUGUGCAAGGUCAAAUUCAGAAAAUUUCUGCAGAAGUAGCAGGCCGAUCAGAAUAUGAUGAUUCAUCAUCAACCGUAAUAGUUAACAAGAAUGAUCUUUCACUAAAAAAACUUGAGGAGUACCAAAUUGAGCUUCAAAGACUUCACAAUGAGAAGAAUGACAGACUCCAAAAAGUGGAAAAACAUAUAAGCACAAUUCAGAAUCUGUCAGCCGCAUUGGGAAUGAAUUCUUCCAUGAUCAUCACAAAGGUUCAUCCAAGCUUGAAUGAAUUGUCUGGACUAUCAAAAAACAUAAGUGACAGUAUUUUGGCUAAACUCGGCAGUACUGUAGAAUCACUUGAAGCAGAAAAGCAAAUGCGGUUAGAGAAGCUUCACCAUCUCGGUAAAGCAUUGACAAACUUGUGGAAUCUCAUGGAUACUCCUUAUGAAGACCGUCAACUUUCCCAUGUUACUACUUUACUAUCAGUUUCAGCACCUGAAAUUUCUACUGCUGGAAGCAUUACCCUCGAUAUAAUCCAGCAGGCUGAGGCUGAAGUCAAGAGACUGGAUCAGUUAAAAGUUAGCAAAAUGAAAGAGCUUUUCCUUAAGAAACACAAGGAGCUUGAAGAAAUAUGCAAUCAAUCACACAUGGAGAUUCCUUCACAAUCAGAGAUGGACAAUAUAAUCAACCUAAUAAACUCUGGGGAGAUUGACCAUGCCGAUCUCCUCGUGAGCAUGGACGAACAGAUAUCAAGAGCAGAAGAAGAAGCUUUUAGCAGGAAGGUGUCUCUCAUGGCCAUGUUGGAACAGUACAAUAUGUUGAGGCAGGAAAAAGAAGAGGAGAAGCAAAGACAAAGGGAAAAGAAAAAAGUUCAGAGUCAAGUAGUAGUCGAGCAAAACAAUUUGCUUGGGCCUAGGCCAAGCACUAGUAAUCGGCGACUGACAAGCAGAAGCUUAAAUGGAGGUUUUAGCAGUGCUACACCUAUGAACAGGAGGCUUUCUUUGGGCAUACAGCAGCUAGGAACAAAUAGCAUCAGUUCACCAACUCAAGGCAUAUCCUUCAUUAAGGAAGGAAAAAAGGCACAUGGACCAAAGACAUAUGCUCACAGCCACCUUGCUUAUCAUCUCAAAGAAGAUACAGCUUCAGUAGUCUCAACAUUUUCUGGCCCCUUCUCACCUUAAAUUUUGCAUCAGAUGGAUGAGAUUUCACGUUUAAUGAGAAUUCACCAAGUAGGAGAGAUUAGAAUGUGUUCCAGCAGGCAAAAAUAAUGAUUGCGCAAAAGAAUAAUUCAGCUUCUAUUGUCAGUUUGUAAAAAUACUUUGAUAAUUAUGUCUUGCCUCUUUAUGAAGGCCCUCAUUUAGAAUUUUAAGCUGCUUGGGAUAACAAGUAAGAUUAACAAAAAAAUAUGAUUGAUUUUUAUUUUAGUACAUGCCAAUACUGCAGUGUGAUAUGUAGUAAUUUGGUGUUUCUGAAGUAAAAUAAAUGUGUUUUCCCCAAUCAAAGAGCUUUUGUUUACCUGAUGCUGAAUCG